GACAUCUGCAAGCUUGAUAUAACUAUUGAGUUAUAUUACAUAUUGUGUCUAUUUGAGUGAGGAAGAAAGUAGAUAUGGGUAGCAUUCCUUCAAAAAAAGAUAUGGGUAGCAUAGCAAAAACAUGGAGAGAACUUAGUGGGAAAAGUAAGUGGAAAGGUCUAUUGGAACCUUUACAUAUUGACCUACGUAAGUAUUUACUACAUUAUGGACAAUUUGCUCAAGCUACAUAUGAUGCUUUCAACUUUGAAAAAGCAUCUAAGUAUGCAGGUAAUUGUCGUUAUUCUAAAAAGGAUUUCUUUUCCAAAGUAUAUUUGGAAGAAGGUAAUCCUUAUAAGUAUUCUGUGACCAAAUAUUUGUAUGCAACUUCCAAAGCAAGUGAUAGUGCAGCGUUUCUCUUAACUUCAAUAUUUUCAAAGGAUGCUUGGAGUUUGGAAUCAAAUUGGAUAGGGUACGUUGCAGUUGCCACUGACGAAGCUAAGGAGGCCUUGGGGAGGAGGGACAUAGUCGUUGUUUGGAGAGGAACAAUCCAGGGCUCUGAGUGGGUUCAAAAUUUUAACAUUGAUUUGGAUCCUGCACCACUAAUAUUCGGUCCUAAAUCAAAUGUACAAAUACACAACGGAUUUUACUCCCUUUACACAUCUGAAAACUCAGGUUUACCAUCAGCUGAUUCUAGUGCUAGAAAACAGGUCCUGAACGAGAUCAGCAGACUUGUGGAGCUAUACAAGAAUGAAGAAAUUAGCAUAACUGUAACUGGACACAGUUUGGGUGGUGCACUUGCAACUAUAAGUUCAGUGGAUAUAGUUGCUAAUAAAUUCAACAUGCCAAAAGAGCAACCUCAAAAAGCAUGUCCAGUUACAACAUUUGCAUUUGGUGCACCUCGUGUUGGAAAUUCUUACUUUCAAAAGAUUUUCUCUGACCACAAAGAUUUGAGUGCAUUGUUUGUUCGAAAUGAAAAUGAUAUUGUUCCAAAAAGUCUCACGUUUUUCUAUUACAAAGUUGGAGAGGAAUUAGAAAUCGACACCGAAGAAUCUAAGUACUUGAAGAGUGGGGUUAGUGCACAUAACAUGGAGGUUUACUUGCAUGGAAUUGCAGGAACACAAGGAAGUAAAGGAGGGUUCAAUUUAGAGGUGAAUCGUGACAUUGCACUAUUAAACAAAAGUAAUGAUGGUUUAAAAGAUGAAUAUCACAUUCCUGAGAAUUGGAGGGUAGUUGAGAAUAAGGGUAUGGUUCAACAAUCUGAUGGUACUUGGAAGUUAAUGGAUGAUCAUAAUGAUGAUGUUCUAAUCAUGCGUGCUCAUUAAAUUGUUGGUGUGAAUUUUAUUAAAGUUCUGAAAUAAUUUGCCAUAGUUUGGCCGUUGUUGUGUGUUUAUGUAUCUUUACAAGUUUGUAUCCUUGAAUUGUAUGGCUAAUAUCUAGUUGACUCUUGAGUACAACUUCACUUAGAGAUUAGCCAUCUACCAUCAUAAUUUCCUAUUGAUAAUGAAGUUUUUACUCUAUUGUUGUACCACGUAAA